AUGUACUCCCUCGCGGGAGAGGGAGAGGGCGACGCUCCGGCAACGGAUACAACAGGUGACAGUGAGACAGACAGAGAGCCUGCGACUGAAGAAGAUGAGGUCGAGCGAGGGUUUCGCUUUCGGCCUGAACCCUUGCACACGACUCAGCGUCCGGCAUUUCCAGCGAAGGCGAAAGAUGAACCCGAAGAGCUAGAUGACGAAGACGACGAGGAAGAUGAGCCAGAGCCUGGCCUGCUUCUUUGCACCGUCGUUCUCCUCCUCGCCCCCGUCAUCAUUUUCUACCCCGCUGUGUUGCCUCGAAUCCCCCCGGAUAAACAGCUGGUGGCGGGGUGGACCUUCGGUGGGCUGCUGGCGGCGACCCUUGGCACUCUGGUGCCCGUCGGCUUCAGUGAUCCGGGAAUUAUCCCGCGUGCACGCUACCCGACUGAACUUCCCAAAGGCAUGCCGCGCAUCAAGUAUAUCAUGAUCAACGGGGUCAGCGUUCCUCAAAAGUGGUGCACGACGUGUCACAUCUACAGGCCUCCAAGAUCCAAACACUGUUCGGUCUGUAACAACUGCGUGCGGCGCUUCGACCACCACUGCCCUUGGGUCUCGAACUGCAUUGGUCAGCGGAACUACCGAGUCUUCUUCUUCUUCCUCUUAUUCGCGGCUCUCUACAGUCUGUCGACCCUCGUUGCUGUCGUGACUGCGUUCACGGCGCAGGUCCAAAGCUGGGGGCCGUCUGUCACUCUGCGAGCGAUUUGGUGGACGAUGCGAGAUUGCCCAAUGUUGCCCGCCCUCUUUUUUUAUGGUUUUUGCUGCUCUAUCCCAAUCUUUCACCUCUUGUUUUUCAACAUUUACUUGAUUACAAACAAUCGAACUACAAACGAAGAAGCGCUGCAGCUUUUCACCAAGAAAAACCCUUAUUCUCACGGCUGCCCCGCGAAUGUGCGGCAGUUCUUGUGUCACAGAAUCGAGCCCAGCCUCGUCCCCCACGGAGCUCGCCCGACGAACUUCACGGAGACUGUUUCGCUUUUCGCGGAGGCUUGCAAGUGCCCGUCUUACGCGCUGGCGGCUUUACCCAGGUCGAUCGACUCGCUGUCUGACACGCAGCACAGCUUGUGGCAGCGGAGUGCAUGA